AUGCUCGAGGUCUCUAUCAAAUACAUUGAUCAGCCUUUGCAUCCUGUUCUUCUUGAUUGUUUGAAUUUAUUCAAAGAUUGCUUGACAUUUCACAAAGAUUCCAACGAAACAGAAAAAUUGUAUACGUACUACCCAUUGGUCUGGUACCAAAACUUCGAAAAAUUCAAAAUUAUCGAAAAAUUAUUUGAUAUUGUAUUUAACAGCUCUUCAGAUGCUGUAUUACUUUCACUUACAAUCCUUAGAUUAAUAAUAUCUCAUCCUUCCAAAGAAAUUCUGAAAGAAAAAUUAAGAUAUUUGGUCACUUCAUUUACGCUUGGAUUAAAUCAAUAUUUUUCACGUGACAUCAACAGGGAAUGUUAUUUCCAUCUUUCCAGGAUUAUUUCGAAAUUUGGAAAAAUUAUUCCUCUCCAACAGUUUAUUUCUUUGAAUUUUGCUAAGACAUUCUUCGAUAACGUGCUGGAGUUUACAAAAAUCUCACUUUUGUCCAUUGAUUUUAACAAAGACGCAAGUUUGGACAUUUGCAGAAAUUUACUCCAGUUCUGGGGCUCAAUUUCGAUAUCUGCCACCAAAAUACAGAAGGCUACAAUGUUUAACAAUUAUUUCGACCAAAUUUAUACAAAUUAUUCUCAAAUUUUAUUUUCAAAAUUUUAUUCCGACCAAAACGCAUGCAAUACAUGGAUUUUAGAACCAGAAUUAACAACAGAAGACUUUGCUCCCUUAUUCUUGAUCUUACAAGCUAAUCCUGCCCGUUUUACCUCUUUUGAUCAGAGAUUUAAGACAUUUUUGACAAAUAUCAGAGACAGAGUUAACGUAGAGUACUCAUUUAUUGCCUUGGCGAUCAAUAUUUUGAUCAUUUCAAGCAGAUUUAACGUGAAAUACACUGAUGACUACUUAUUUUUAUCCCCUAAGCAUGAUAAGCAGUGCAAUCAGUUCAAACAUUCACUGAUAAAGUAUGUACUUUCAACAAUUAACAUAAUUCAGCCAGUAUUACCUCAAAUAAGAAAAUCUUAUGAAAUUUUUGGAAGCUACAUCGUUUCUUCGAUCUUACACUUUAUCAGAUCUGCAAAACAAGACAUUGCAAAGCUCCAGCCAGAGUUUCAAUCAAUAAUUGUUGAAUUUUUGAUAAAUUUGUUGAAAAUUUACCAAGAAAACGGUGUUGUUGUCCAACUUACGAUCAGCAUCAUCGUAGAGUUAUCAGAUAUCAUAAACAGCCCCAAAUUAUUUGAUAUCUGCAAUUCGAACGUCCAAAUUCCAGUUGACAAGAGAAUUGACCUUGAAACUCGUUGCGAAAUCAUUUAUUUACUGCACAAGACGUACUCAAAGAACAUCAAAACCCAAAAGAAGCUGAAUCAGCACUUGUUAUUUUUCGAAAAGAGAUUCGACCAAUUAAUCAAUAUGAAUUGGUCAGAAAGAGAUAGCACUUUAUCGUUUUUGUAUUGUAUCAAAGGUCUUUUCGAUGGCUGUCAAAAUUUUGACACUUUUUGUAAAGUGUUCGAAUGGAUUUUGAUCAAUUAUUACGAUUUAAUGAUCAAUUUACUCAAUACAUACAGCGACGAUGAUGAAAUUUUCGAAAUUGUUUUGAAAUUGUUCAAAUAUUUCACAUUUUGCUUCGAAAAAAGAAUUGUAAUGAAUCCAACAUCAUAUGAGUUCUUGACAUUGAUGAAUGGAUUCGCUAAGAUUAGCAAAAUCCUCGCUUUGAAAGCUGAAACAAAAUUUUUAUCUUUUAGAUUCAUUUAUACGUACAUUAUAGCUCACAAAUUCAAUUUCUCACUCACACACUACUUUGAGGACCAAACUUUUGCAGAAAUAAUUGAUCUUUUCUUCAUAAUUUUGGAUAAAAUCAAAAUUGAUGAACUAGACCAAGAAAUUGUCAUGGAUAUAUUUGCAAUAUUAGAUCUGUUCCAAGAUUUGCACCAAGAUCUACUCUAUCCGUUUAAAAUCAGAUUUAAUAUCGUUAUCUCCUUUUUGAAGAAGGCUUUAGACGAAAUAUCCGGUCCAGUAAGAGUUAUUAAUGCAAUCCUUUCAUAUUUAGGAAGUGUUUCUCAUAAAGCUUCAAAUGAACAGUUAGAUUUAGUUUUUAAUAAGCUGAAACCAUUGUUUAUCAUCACAUAUGAUAAAUUUAUACGGAACCGUGCAUACUCUGCUUCUUAUUUCGCUGAUUUCUUCUUCUAUUUUUCAAUGAAUAAUUUAGAAUACGUAAUUAGCAUGUUUGAAGCUCAUUUACGUCCUUACCAUGAUGAUGCAUUUAAUAUUGAAGGAAUUUAUAAUGGUUUUGCUGAAAAUUUGAGAAAUCUUCACGAAAAAAUGGACGAAAUUUUCAAAAACCAAGGUCCUUACUUUAUCCAAACACCACCAAAUAUCGCAACAGAACUAAUUGAUCUAAAAGAAAAGAUCAGAAGGACUCCUUUCACAAAUUCAACAAUUGAAGCACUUUUAGCAGCUCUUAAUGAUGAAAACACCAUGAAUAAUAAUGAAACAACUUAA